AUGGCUUUUUCCUCUUCUCAAGUGAAGUAUGAUGUUUUCCUCAGUUUCAGAGGUGAGGACACUCGAGACAAUUUUACCAGCCACCUCAAAGACGCGUUGUGUGGGAGAAAGAUUGUUACUUUCAUCGAUGAUCAACUUGUAAGAGGAGAUGAGAUAUCACCAUCUCUUUUGAGUGCGAUUAGUGGAUCAAAGAUUUCAAUCAUCAUAUUCUCGAAAGGUUAUGCUUCUUCUACAUGGUGCCUCCAAGAACUUGUUGAGAUCCUCAAUUGCAAGAGAAUGUACGGUCAGAUUGUGAUUCCAGUGUUCUAUCAUGUAGAUCCAUCAGAUGUAAGGAAGCAAACAGGGACUUAUGGAGAUGCAUUUGGCCAGCAUGAAGUAAGAUAUAUGGAGAAAAAAGAGAUGUUGCAGAGAUGGAGGAAUGCUUUGACUGAAGCAGCCAAUAUAUCUGGCUUUGAUUCAAAUAAAAUCAGGCCUGAAUCGAAACUUGUUGACACAAUUACUGAAUGCAUUUUGGAGAGUUUGAAUGAUAAGUCUUAUAGCGAUAAUAAGAAAUUGGUUGGAGUAGCAAUGAAGAUCCACGAAAUUAAAUCUUUAUUGUCUGAUCAGUCAAGUAAGGUAUGCAAGGUAGGACUUUGGGGUAUGGGUGGCAGAGGCAAGACGACUCUUGCUGAAGCAGUCUUCAAUGAAAUCUCAAGUCGAUUUGAAGCUUCGUAUUUUGCUCGAAAUGUUAGGGAAAAAGCAUCAAAUUCAAAACAAAUAGAAGAAUUCACUGAAUGUCCUAAAGUCCUGGGUUUUGGAAGUCAAAUCAUUAUAACCACAAGGGAUAAACAAUUGCUAACAAUUUGUGGAUUGGAUGAUUCUACCAUAUAUGAGGUCAAAGGAUUAGAUAGCGUCGAAUCUCUUACACUUUUUAAACAACAUGCCUUCAAAAAAAACCAACCAAUUGAUGAAGUUUACUUGAAGCUUUCAGAAAGAGUUAUACGUUAUACAAGAGGUUUGCCUUUAGCACUUAAAGUUUUGGGUAGCCAUCUACUUGGUAAAGAAGAACUUAUUUGGAAAAGUGCACUGGAUGAUUUACAAAAAUCUCCGUGUGGGGGUAUCCAAAAGGUGCUUAAGAUCAGUUACGAUGGAUUAUCUGAUGAAGAGAAGACUUUAUUUUUAGACAUUAUAUGUUUCUUUAAAGGAUGGGAUAAAUAUCUAGUUGGUACCUUCAGUUCACAUUCUAGAAUAAGAGAUCUUGUUGAUAAAGCUCUUAUAUCUGUUUCAUUUACCACAAUAGGAAUGCAUGAUUUGAUUGAAGAGAUGGGUUGGGAAAUUGUCCGACAAGAGUCAAUUAAUAAACUUGGCCAGCGCAAUCGAUUGUGGUAUCAUGAUGAUGUAUAUCAUGUAUUGAAAAAAAAUCUGGGAACUGAUGAAAUAAGAGGCAUGCUCUUUAAUAUGGUUGAAAUGACGGAGAUAGACUUAAAGUCUCAUGCUUUCUCAAAGAUGACUAAUUUAAGAGUCCUGGUUGUAAAGCACAUAUCUUCGAGAGACAAUAAUAAGAUUCAUGGUUUUGACAGCAUUGAAUUUGAUUUCACAAACCUUGAAAGUCUUCCAAACACCAUUUGUAAGUUGAAUUCUCUGAAAUAUAUUUGUAUCUCGGGUUGUUCAAAACUUGAAAGAUUGCCUGAUGACUUAGGAAAGUUAGAGAGCUUGGAAGGAAUCGAAGCUAGUGGAAUUACUGUUAAAGUGCUGCCUUCAGUUAUGGCUGCUCUAUCAGCUUUGCGAUUUUUAAGGAGAUUAGAGUUGAAUUACUGCAGCAUUACAGAGUUACCCAAUAAUAUUGACAAUCUGUCCUUACUCGUAGAUCUAGAAUUGGAAGGAAACAAUUUUGAGACCAUCCCAACAAACAUCAUGAACCUUUCGAAGUUACAAAGCCUUAACAUAAGGUUUUGUGAUAGGCUUCGAUCCUUACCAAAGCUUCCACGCAGCAUAAAAAAACUUCUGGCAGAUGGUUGCAAAUUGCUGAAAGAAUUAUCAGUUUUGACAAAUCUAAUAACUCCAGGACCUGAUAGAAGGACACUGAACUUGUUCAAUUGUGUCAGUCUGGAUUGGGACGCAAUCAGAAACAUUUUAAUUGGUUCUAUAUUGAAUACGUUCUCAAGUAAAAUUUACCGCUUCGCAUAUAAGGUAUCUCCCAAGCGAAAAUCUGAAUUUUGUUACCCUCAAUCAUUUGUGGUCAAUCUUGAAGCUGGAAUUUGUUAUCUUGGAAGUGACAUUCCGGAAUGGUUUAACAUUCAAAGUAGUGGAUCAGUUAUUCCCUUCCUACAAUUUGGAAUUUCUUACCCUGCUGGAAGUGGCAUUCCAGAACGGUUAAACAUUCGAAGUAGUGGAUCAUUUCGUCUCAAGCGAGAAGUUGAAAUUUGUUACCCUGGAAGUGACAUUCCGGAAUGGUUUAACAUUCAAAGUAGCGGAUCAGUUAUUAAGUUACCACAAGGUUCAUUCAAUGAGAAGGUUCUGGAUCUUGCCUUUUGUUUCAUUGUUGAAGUCGAAGAUAAUUCUGAUCAGUGUAAUUUCUUUGGUGUUAGUAGUUCGUUGCGACAGACUGGCCCUUAUAGCGACGGUGGUGGCAGUGGUGAACAGACUUAUCUUUUGACCAAGUGUGUUAAGUCAGAUCAUGUAUUAGUGAUAUAUGACCGCAUUAUAUGGGAGAUAUUUCACAGAGAAGAUUUUAAAUUCGCUUGUGAUAAGGAAGCCAUUUUCUCUUUCUAUCCCUCAUCUAGUUUUAGAUUUACAGAGAAAAAUUGGAUAAAAAAUAUAAAGAAGUGUGGGGUUCGUUUAUUGUUCACUGAUGAGUUGGAGGAAACCAUGAAAAGACCAGAAUGUUCCAUCUAUGAUGACGAACGUGGAUUUAAAUCUUCAAAUUUCUAUAAAGGCAAAUCCAGCUCAAGACAAUUGGGGCCUUCCAUAGUCAGCCAACCGCUACCGGACUGCAUGACCGAAAAAGGUGAAUUGGAGCGUCUGCCGAGGGAAGUGCUCAAGCACAGGUAUACCGACAAUGGUGAGCUGGAGGUUUUUGUUGCCUGGAAAAAUUUAUCAGAAUUUGAGAAUUCAUGGGAGCAGUACACUGCCUUCAAACAAGCUUUCCCACAAUUCCACCUUGAGGACAAGGUGCCUCUCGAUGGGAAGGGAAAUGUUAGGUCUAGAAUCUAUGUAUCACGCAAGAGGAAGAGAGCCCAAAUGAAGGGUACACCUGGCAACUUGAAGUUAAAGAUAGUGGCAGAAUUAAAUUAG